AUAUAAAACUCCCUCAAUCACCCAACUCCUUUAGUAGCAACUGAUCUUUUCUGCGAUUCAGAAGAAAAUGGCUGCACUCACUUCAAUUACCCCCAACCCAGCUUCAUCCUCUUCAGUAUACUCCAAUUUCAGGACCUCUCCAUUGACUCUCUCUUCCCAGAUUAUUGCAGACUGUUCUUGCCUUUUGAGUGUAAGAUCAGGUCUAGCAUCAAGGCAAAGACUGGCUUCCCGGAAUCGGCGGUGCCUAAUUAUCCGAAGUGCAGCAACAAAGCCUGCAAAAUCACCAGCUGAAGAAGAUUGGAAGGUCAAGAGGGAACUUCUCUUGGAGAAAAGGGUAAGAAGUGUGGAUGCAAAGGAAGCUUUUCGCCUUCAAAAAGAGAAUAACUUUGUGAUUCUCGAUGUACGUCCUGAAGCAGAAUUUAAAGAGGCUCAUCCAGCAGGUGCUGUUAAUAUUCAGAUAUAUAGGCUUAUAAAGGAGUGGACGGCAUGGGAUAUCGCCAGGCGUGCAGCAUUUGCAUUUUUUGGCAUAUUUUCCGGCACAGAAGAGAACCCUGAGUUUAUGCAAAGUGUAGAAUCAAAUUUUGGCAAGGACGCAAAGAUAAUAGUGGCGUGCACAACUGGGGGUACAAUGAAGCCAUCCCAAAAUCUACCUGAAGGUCAACAAUCCAGAUCACUCAUAGCGGCUUACUUGCUUGUGCUCAAUGGGUACAAAAAUGUUUUCCAUUUAGAAGGGGGUCUUUAUACAUGGUUCAAAGAAGGACUGCCAUCAGAAUCUGAAGAAUGAUAUAUCAAAUGAUUAGAUGGUGCUUCCAUUGAAGCUCAAAUUUUGUCCUUAAGACUGAUUUCUACCAUUUUCCUUUAGGUUUUGAAUGUGAUCUCUUUUAGGCAUUUUAAUCAUACUAAGAAUCUUGUAUCACCUUAAGUUAUGUAUGCUUUUUUUUUUUCUGUUAAAUGUGAAAAAUUGAAUGUAUAAGUAGUAAAACCGAAGGUUUGCAACUAGUGGCAACAGCCAAAUCAUCAAAAUUGACAUGAUUCACAAUGACCUGUCAAUAAUCAGUGUACCAGUUUAAACCAUUUCAUGUUUUACACGUAAUUAAGGGUACCUUAAGACAA